GUUCAUUUUUGACAUGGUCUAGUCCUUCCCCUGCCCACCCCCCUAAUAUUCUUAAGAGGAUCUCUUCUUCAGUCUUCAGAGAGUAGUUGGAAGUGGGGAUGCAGAAAAAGGUCCUCCUUUCCUUCCACUCUGUAGUUUUAAUCUGAAAUCUUAGACACAGUACUGCACCCAGAGCUCAGAAACUGCUCACGCUAAUGAAAUUCCCUGUCGCAAAAUGCGCCUAGAACAAUGAGAGUUUCCAACACUGGCUAUGGCUUGUGGCUUAUCUGAACAGCAGUACCAAGUGAAGGAACUCUGUGGUUUCGUCCACAAAGCAGAAACAAACAAGUUCAGGAUGUUGCUGAUUCUAAUCCACCUGGGGGAAUUUUCAUCAGUUGAAAAGGAUGUUGUCAGCACAGCUAUGGAGAAACAUGAGCAUAUGCACACACCGGUUCCUGUGGAAAUUCAAUUACCCCCAAGGGAAAGCAUGCAUUAUGCAUGGCAGAUGCUGGCUGGGAAGGUCUGGCAUGUCCCCAUGGUCCCUCAGGAGGCAACACUGCACAAGGGUGGGACUCCACCUGACACCCUGGUCCACAAAUGUGUCUUGAGGGAAGUGGAAGGGUCAGAACUCAGGAGUCAAGCGGGAAAUGAGUACAACAGCACUAACCCAACUUGUGUGUCCAAGCAGGUGGUAUCCAGAGACAUGUUGUCACCAAUAUUAAAGGUAGUACAGAGCCAUUAUGGCUUGUAGCCAAUGGACUCAGUCUCUGUGUAGUUUGAGAUUAAUAAGAAGCUGAUCAGGAAAGCCCUACGGGAUUCAGGUGUGCAGGGUUACAUUAAAUGAAUUCCAUCCUUUGGUACUAAAGCAGGUUGCUGAGAAGUUCUGUGUAUCAUGUCUAAGAAACCCUGCAGAACAGGUGAGGUGCCUCAGGACUGUUGCUCCAAACCUGAUCCCUCAAGAGGACCCUGUCCAGUCAGUCCCUGCUGACUCCUCCUCAGCGGACCAAUAGGUUUCCCCAUCCACACUACCAUCACCACACCUGGAUUAAGUUUCAGCUUGUUUGCCCUGGCCCAUACCACAACUGCCUCUUCCAGAUGGCCUCUCUGGAACCAGGAAGUGGAAAACGGAAGCAGAGCAAGUUAUAUGCACACUGAUGACGUUGCAGCCCAAACCUUAGUCACAAGUAACAAUCGUUCCACUUUGCUCUGCCCUCAGACCACACCUGGGGCUAUGGCGGAUAUGCAGACAGACUGAAGCAGGUUCAGAAGAGAGCAAGAAACAUGCUCUGAGAUGUAUAGGGAAGAAGCCUUAUGAGGGAAUGUUGAAGAGAUUGAGCAUGUUUAGGCUGGAAAACAAAAUGGGUGGGGAACAUGACUGCACUCCUCAGGGACCUGAAGAGCUGCUACACGGAAGAGGGCAAAAAUGCAUCUAAUGGGGCUAAAGGGGAGGUUUCAGUUUAACACUAGGAAUAACUUCUUAAGAGAGCAGAGACAAAAAAACCACUGGCUCUGGAAGGGAUCACUGGGUGGGUGAGCUCCUCUCCCUCCAUGUAAGUAUUGGGUGGGCAACCACCUGCUGCAGGAGCUUCUAGUUCUGGUGUUCUCUAGAUUGAGGAGUGGGUGGGAACACAUGGCCAACAAGACACACACACACCCGUAAUAAAUAAAUUAAGGUCUUUUAUAUAUAUAAUAAAUGUUCAUAAAUGUACCAACCAAGCACGUACAUAGAUAUGUGGACCACAUGUCUGGAGCAGCACAGGAAGACCGCCCUGAAACCAUUUUAACUCCCAAACAGACCAAAUGUUUUCUCUGCAAGGAGGGAGGGGGUGAGAGAACCUUCCCAUUGUCUCAGGAAUUGGGAAAUCACCAUCUCAAAGGAAUGGCCAGACUACCAGGAAAGUCAAUCAGAUAAGGCAUUGUCAGAUAACCUGGCAGUCAGGAAAAACAACAUUCAAAUUUCUGUUGUAGACCACCUUUUCUGUGAUGUAGGUGUUUGUGGGGGUUACACCCCUUCAGUGAUGUAUGUAUGAUGUAUGGAUUCUGUGAUGUAGGUGUUUGUGGGGGUUACACCCCUUCAGUGAUGUAUGUAUGAUGUAUGGAGGGGAGGUCUUGAGCUCCAGGGCAGGGACUUUAAAAUGUCUAUAUAAGGGCAGGCACACCUUGGUUCUGGGUCCUCCUCCUUUCCUGCGUGUGAGGGGAGCACCCUGUUGCAACAGUUCAAUAAAGAUCAGGCUUACUAGCUGAUUUGCUUCUCUAUAUUCUCUGGUUGGCCUCUGUUAUUUUCUCCUACCGAUGGAAAACCUACAAAGGACUCUAUAAGGGCUCUUGUGUCCCCCAUAAGGGAAUAAGGGCAGAUUUUGCUUAUUACACCCUUCUGAUUUUUCUAACACAGAUCUUAUUUCAUUAUUAUUAUUAUUUUUAUUCAUUAUUUUUAGGAAGUCCCUAAAAACGUUUAUUAUUAAUAGCACUUAUUAGUGGCUUUAUUUAAAGAAGUAUCAAAGCGGUUUCACAAUUUAAUUUCAUACUAUUAUUUAAUAGCCUUGCAAAUACAGAAGCAAAAAGUGCUCAUAGUUCUGCCCCGCCCCGCGCCCUCACGAAGGCUGGACUGGUUGAGAGUGGCUCACGACACCCCUGCAGUGCAGGCCAAGAUGAAUACUGGCCUGGAGGGCGAAAGGGCCCCUUACAGGAAAACGAAGCGGGGGCAGGAAGCUGAAAAAUGGGUCACUGGACGAGGGGAAGCGGGGGAGGGGGGAGAGGAAGGCGCUGCUCAGCAAGACCUUUUUCCCCCGGUGUGGAGGCGGAGCGAUUACGGCCCCACGGCCCCGCCCACCCGUGCGUACGUAGAGCCAAGGGCGGCGCUUAAGGAGCGUCGACCACGCUACGGCGGAAGCUCCUAGUCGGGGGAUCAGACGACAGCGGAAGUGACGUCUAAACUUGUGUGCUGACAUGCGUAGUGGCGUCCAACCUGGCUUCCGAUUCCGGUUUGUUCUGGACAGAGCUUCCGGCAAGAGCUUGGCGUCUGUAUUUGUGUGCCUGGUUCAGUGAGGGCUCCUUUCGCCAGACCCUGAGGAGGAGACACCGCCGCCAUGUCGGGCUCCAGCAGCGCCCUCAUGAAGCAGCCCCCGAUCCAGUCGACGGCGGGGGCCGUCCCCGUCCGCAACGAGAAGGGUGAGGCGUCCUGGGGCGGGGAGCGGGGCAUAGGGGGAAUCAUACGUAUCCUGGACGAUGGGAGGGGGGAGAAGCAGCUGAACCUGAGCUCUUCUCCCUCCUGGGGAAGGGGCUGCGGGGGGGGGGCGCCCUGGGGCAGGCUCAGUUUCUCCCCUCCUGACCUCUCGCUCCACUUCCAGGGGAGAUCUCGAUGGAAAAGGUGAAAGUAAAACGCUACGUCUCGGGGAAGCGGCCAGAUUAUGCCCCCAUGGAGUCCUCGGACGAGGAGGACGAGGAGUUCCAGUUCAUCAAGAAGGCCAAGGAGCAGGAGCUGGAACCGGAGGAGCAAGAGGAAGAGCUGGCCAGCGACCCCCGUUUGCGCCGCCUGCAGAACCGCAUCUCAGAGGAUGUGGAGGAGAGGUGAGGGGCAGCAGAGGGUUGAGGGCAGAGUUGCUUGGGAGGUUGCGCUUGGCAUGAAGUGGAAGAGGACAAUCUGUGGGGGAAAGGCUGUGAUCACCUGACAUAGGAGGGGUGUUUUGUGAGCUGCAUGCCGUUUUGUCACGUUAAAAGUGGGUUAGUGUAAGUAGAGCUUUAUUUGACUCAUGAAGCACCUGCCCAAGCAGUAUUCUUGUGUCACAUUCCAUAUUGCUUUCCUUGAUUUGCUUGUUUUAUUUUCUUUGAUCUUAUUUUGUAAGUGUUGCAAUUAUAAAAACCAGUAAAAAAUAUUACAAAAAGGUGGGUGUCUGUGUUCUAGGCUGGCAAGGCAUCGUAAGAUUGUGGAACCAGAAGUGAUAGGGGAGAGUGACUCAGAAGUGGAAGGAGAGGCCUGGCAUGUGGAGAGAGAGGACACCAGUGAGGAGGAAGAGGAGGAGAUUGACGAUGAGGUAUGAGCAGGCCUGAGGAGCUACAUUUUCCAGUCUUGGUGUUGGGUUCUGAAUCUUGGGUGGAAAUGUGUGUAGUUGGCCUCCUUUAUAAUGUUUUGAUUUUGAAAUCUUUAAGAUGAUAUAUUAAUUUCCUGUUAAAGCAUUCCUGUUUCGUUUGUAUAUUUUAUAUAUGACAUUUAUUCUGGAUGUUCUAAUGUAGGAUGUAAACCGCUUUUAAGAUUUUUUUUCUUAAAAAAUGAUAAAGCAGUAUAGAAGUGAAAUGAUGAUGAAGUUUACAAGAGACUCCUUGCUCUUCAAGGAUAUGGGCACUUUCCCCAGUUCUACUUGGGAGAUGCUGAUGGGGACCAUUGAGCUAUGGCCCUUUUCCAGAUAUGAACAUAUGAAAACUGCUUUAUACUGUGUUGGCACAUUGGUCUAUCUAGCUCAGUAGAUCUACGGUGACUGGCAGCAGUUCUCCAGGGGCUUAGAUAGGGGCCUCUCCCAGCCUUACUUGGAGAUGUUGGGGAUUGAAUCUGGGACUGCAUUUAUGCAGAUGCUGUACCACUGAGCCCUUCUUUCUUGAUAGGAAAUUGAACGUCGCCGUUGCAUGAUGCGGCAGCGUGCACAGGAACGUAAGAAUGAGGAGCUGGAAGUCAUGGAGGUGGAAGAUGAGGGCCGUUCUGGAGAGGAGUCCGAAUCAGAGUCCGAGUAUGAGGAGUACACAGAUAGUGAGGAUGAGACUGAGCCACGCCUGAAACCUGUCUUCAUCCGCAAGCAAGUGCCAUCAGUCCUGAGCAGGGAGGGGGGAGGCUGGUUUCUAAAGCACAGUUGGUAGUUAAGAGCCUUCUAUCAGAGCUUUGCGGCUUGGGCUACUUUCAGAGUUGCCUUCUGUUGACAACACAUAAAUGCAAGUCUGUGGGGUGCUUCUUAGGAGAAGGUUAUGACAAGGGAGACGGUUGGUUCUAGUGAGCAGCCGGUUUGGCUUGGGUGGUUUAGUUGAUCUCCAAUGUCUUCUACAGGAAGGACAGAGUCACAGUCCAGGAGCGUGAGGCCGAAGCACUGAAACAGAAGGAACUGGAGCAGGAGGCCAAGCGAAUGGCUGAGGAGAGGCGCAAGUACACCCUGAAGGUAUUGUUAGGAAAGGCAGGCACAUGGGUUUCAGGGUUAGAGGAGCCUGAGUACCCCAAAACACUCACUCUCUGUUACUGUAGAUUGUUGAAGAAGAAACCAAGAAAGAGUUGGAGGAGAACAGGCGCUCCUUGGCAGCCCUCGAUGCUCUGGACACUGAUGAUGAGAAUGAUGAGGAAGAGUAUGAGGCCUGGAAAGUGCGGGAGUUGAAGCGCAUCAAGCGGGACCGAGAGGAGCGUGAGGCGUAAGUGAAAUGGGAUGUGGCACAGUCCAUUUGAGGAGGGAGAGGUCUUCUGGGUUGCUCCAGCCAGGAAGAAGAGGUUCCUCGGGUGUGGGUCUGAUCUUGCUGAUAUCCAUUCCCCAGCUGACGGAGUCUUCUGCAGUGAGCAGAAAGUUGGGGAGUGGACAUCCGUAAUUGAAGUGGAAUGGAUUUAGAUCCAUCCACACUUCUGGAGAGGGAUGUUUACAGAGAUCUCCUGUGCAGGAUCAAGUGUCUGGAGUGAAGGAUAUGUUCUGCUUCACACAGGUUAGAGAAAGAGAAGGCAGAAAUUGAACGAGUGCGGAAUCUGACUGAGGAGGAACGACGGGCUGAGCUCCGAGCCAACGGCAAGGUCAUUACCAAUAAGGCGGUGAAGGGCAAAUACAAGUUCCUGCAGAAGUACUACCAUCGGGGGGCCUUCUUCAUGGUGAGUUCCCAGUCAAAGCCCUGUCACUGAAUACACAGCAAGAACUCAAUGUGCACUGGAAAGGAAAGGAGGCUGCUAUCCAGGAUAUAGCUGCCAUGGGGAGAGGGGGGCUGAAUUCCAUCACUUCUCUCAAGGAGUCCCUGAACAGUGGUGUUCUUUUCUGUUUAGGCUAUACUAUGCAGACCUUUUCUCCCAAGGCCAGCCUAGGGAUGCUUGGUAGAAUAAGGGUAGAGAGGCUGCUAUGAGCAAACAUGUCUCUACUUACCUGCUGUGCUCUUUGUUCUCUAGGAUGAAGAUGAGGAUGUAUACAAGAGGGACUUCAGUGCUCCAACUCUGGAGGACCACUUCAACAAGACCAUCUUACCCAAAGUCAUGCAGGUACAUGAGGAGGGGGUUCUGUUGUUUGGGCUCAGAGCCCCAACUAGCUUUGGCUUGCUGGUGUUGUAUGCAUGUGCCCCCUCCAACCAGAAUUCCAGAAUGGUUGAAGUAAAGUGAAUUCUCUUUGAAGCUUCUCCAUUUCUUAAACUCUUUCCUCUGCAGGUGAAGAAUUUUGGGCGCUCUGGACGAACAAAGUACACCCACUUGGUAGACCAAGAUACAACCUCUUUUGACUCUGCAUGGGGGCAAGAGAGUGCACAAAACACCAAGUUCUUCAAGCAGAAGGCAGCUGGUGUGAGGGAUGUCUUUGAGAGACCCUCUGCCAAGAAGCGGAAGGUUACCUGAGUCAUCAAGAAUAAUUUGGGGCACUGUUAGGAUCUUGCUGGAUCAGUUUUGUCCUGUUUCUGUGGCAUGGGACUAUAGAUUAUCAAAGGCCUGGAUCCACUUUUUCUGUCAUCUUUGGAUGGAGGAUUUGACUCAUAACCAUAACCCAUUUUUAAGGAAUUAGCACCAGCUCAGCAGGCUCAUCAUUGCCCUUGAGGUAUGCCAGCUCCCUCUACAGCCCUGUUUUUAGUUUCGGGAGGCAUUUGCCUAUUGUAAAUAUUUCUCAUUCUCUUUAGAGGCACUGUAGGGCGGGGGAGAGAAAAGCAAGGUGACACCUGUAUUAAAUGUAUUUCUUACCAAGUUGCUGUUGUGGUAAUGUUCUAACAAGUAGGGACCCUGUUGUGGCAGAUGUGAUGCUCUAAUAAAACAGUCAGACCCACUUCUAGUAGAGAGGGGGCUUGGCAGUGCUGUGUGAGAAACACAUUUUGGAGCCUCUCUGGCUUGUGGGCAGAAUUAGGCUCCACACUCAUAGGACAUCGGGUGCGGGAUGUAAAAGCUAUGAAAGCACAAACAGAAGCUUCAAGUUCUUUGUAGGUACAGCUUCCCUUUGGUGCUGUUUAAAUUGGCAACAACUGGAUAUGGCCCAGCGCCCCAGUGUGCAAGAUGCAAGUUUUUAAAUCAUCUAGGUAUAGUUUCCUGAAAGAUUUCAAAACUGGCCUCCUGUUCCCACAAACCUGUUCAUUUUUCUGAGUUCCAUCUAAAGGAUUGCCGAUAGUAACUUAGGAAAAUUCCAGUACUGGUAGCCUCAAAAAUAAUGGCUAUGGGGAAUUAAGGGCCCACAGUAUAGUUUACAAUGCAACUCUGCCUACCCAAACUGGAAAGGGGGGGGGAGCUGCCCACUGGUUGAUUUCUCUUCCUGUCUCCUGCAUGUCACUCCACUGUUUCUCCUUGUCUGGAAAAGAACACCCAAGGGCUUUAAAAGUCUGAAUUUUAGAUUGAAUUUUGGAAGUUGUUGUUUUAAUGUUGUUUAACAAAAGGAUCCCUGAAUGAAAAUAGGGCACCAGUUUACCACCACUAGUCCUUCAGUCAGCUGAGAACCACCCUGGGAUCUUCAGAUGAAGGGCAGUAUACAAAUUUAACAAAUGAUGAUGAUAAUAAACAUCUUAUAAACCACAUUAACAGCAACUUCAAAAAAAUUGGACUAUUUAUUCCAGCAGCUUUAAAAUAUCAUAUGCAAAGAACAAGUGCAGAACAGGCCAAAGAGAGGCUAUCUCCUUCCCUUGCUCCCCAAAAGUCCAUCUAGCAGGUGGCUCUCAGUUGGUGAGGGUAAUCAGUGCUUCCACCACGUUCCCCAUGUGUUCUCGUAAGCUGCGUUCUGCUGCUGCCCUGGAUAUUUCCAUCUCGUUCAUCUGUAAGGAAAAGAAGAAGAUUCUUUACCAAGAGGCAACAACUAAAAUGGCCUGUAGUGACAUCAGAAAGCAGCCUCUGUCGAUGCUGAGCCAUCACCCAAGCGGUCCAAUCAACACUGUGCUAGACUCACAAUCAACUCCAAAUCUUCUUUCUUGAUUGUGACUUUGGCCAGUUCUUUUUCCCUGAAACGGAAGGAAAGAAAGAGGAAUUAGGACUCUUAUCCUGCUCCACUUUCUAGUAAUAUAAUGCCACCCCGUCCCCACUCCAAGUGCUCUGAUAGGGCAGAAUAGGAACUACACAUAAUAAAAAACACAGCUCUGGCUUUCUGCAACCAAGCACCGCUUCACUGGUGUGAAACAGCUCCCCCCAUUAAUGUCAAGUGCAGCAAAACAAGCCUAACACCUAAACAGUUUUAGAAUAUGGAAAUGUGUCCUUAAACAGCAGUUUAGCAUGUAGACACCAUUUCACUGUGGUGUGAUGUUCAUAAAAACACUGCUACCUCCAAGCUUGGUCAUGGUUUUUAAUGUUUUAAUGCUGUAACCCACCCUAGGAACUUCAGGUGAAGGGUUGAUAAUAAAUUAGCGAUAAUAGUAUGC